ACUACCACCACUGUCGUCUAUUUAUUUAUUUAUUUAUUUUUUUGAGACUGAAUCUUGCUCUGUCGCCCAGGCUGGAGUGCAGUGGCGCCAUCUUGGCUCACUGCAACCUCCGCCUCCCAGGUUCAAGCAAUUCUCAUGCCUCAGCCUCCUGAGUAGCUGGGAUUACAGGUGUGUGCCAAAACAUCUGGCUAAUUUUUUUUUUUUUUUUUUUUUGGUAGAGACGGGGUUUCGCCAUGUUGGUCAGGCUGGUCUUGAACUCCUGGCCUCAAGUGAUCUGCCUGCUUCGGCCUCCGAAAGUGUUGGGAUUACAGGCAUGAACCACCACGCCUGGCCUGUCAUCCCUUCAAAUGUUCUUUCAGAACUGAGGCAUGCAGAGGCUGGAAGACAGGCUGGGCUCACCCGGGUGGUUAUCUCUGAGAGAGGACAUGGGUGAGGUCAGAGGCCUCUCCCUGGAGAAGGAGCUUCCUGAGAUUCAGAGGCCAGGAACUGUGCAGAGAUCUGUGGGGAUUCUCACAACUUCCAUUUCUGGUGAACAGCUGAGGUCAGAGAGGAGGUGGGUACCACUUGAGAUGGGCCUGUGGUUCCCGGGUACUGUCUUUCCAGACACCUAGAAUUCCCAGGUUGGUAGUGAACUGAGAGUCAACCACCAUGAUGGGGGCAGAGACAGAGGAGGAAGCAGUGAGUGGAUAAGUGCCUGUGCCGGGCAGAAGGGAUAUAGGGGAAGGUGGCCAAAGGUAGGAUGGGGAAGUGGAUCCCAGGAAGCUGUUGUUUCUUCUGAGGCCAAUUUACCACCACCUCAUUGGGAAAUUGUUGGUAGGGAGGCACCCAUCCAAUUGCCUUGCAGAAUACAGCAAGGCAGGGAGCCCAAGAAUCAGAGCCAAGGGAAGAAACAACCAGUUGAGGUUAGUAAUGUGAAGUCUGGCAACCGUGCCCGUCAUUCCUCCCUGGUUCCUCUGUUCGUCAACGUUGGGGCUAGUCUGGCUGGGGUAUGGUGGGCCUGCCUUUCCAUCCCUUGGGCCCCUUGGAACAAGGGGAAACUCUGCUGUGGGAGAUGUAGAAAAUGGGUCUCACUUUGUCUAUUUGGGGCAAUAGCUGCUACUUUUUUCCUCCAGAUGGGUACCAUGAGGGGCAGAGGAGAAUCUGGGAUCUGUGAUGUUUAGCCCUCUUUACUGAGUCAUGGCUGCCUCACAUUCUAGAAGUAAGGCAGGCAGAUCAUUCCAGGUACUGAUUGUCCUGGAACCUUUGGCUCUUCCUUGACCUCAUGUCACGUGCAUCCAUGUGAAGAGAGUCCACGAAACGGGCUUUAUGUGAGCAACAAGGCUGGGUGCAGGCAAGCUGAGUCCAAAAAAGGGGUCAGCAAAGGGUGGUGGGAUUAUCAUUAGUUCUUAUAUGUUUGGGAUAGGCUUACAAAGUACAUUCUCAAGGGUGGAGAAAUAUUACAGAGUACCUUCUUAAGGGCAGGGGAGAAUAUUACAAAGUACCUUCUUAAGGGCGGGGGGAGACUAUAUCGUAUCAGUUAGGGUGGGGCAGGAACAAAUCACAAUGGUGGAAUGUCAUCAGUUAAGGCUAUUUUCAUUUCUUUUGUGGAUCUUCAGUUGCUUCAGGCCAUCUGGAUGUAUACAUGCAGGUCACAGGGAAUAUGAUGGCUUAGCUUGGGUUCAGAGGCCUGACACCUCAGGCUGCCAAAUGUGGAAGAUUUAAAUACUUGAACCAAUACCCUCUUCCCAAAAACUGAAAUUGGCUUCUGUUUCUGAGUUGGUCCAGGCGCAAUGUUCAGCGUAUUUGAGGAAAUCACAAGAAUUGUAGUUAAGGAGAUGGAUGCUGGAGGGGAUAUGAUUGCUGUUAGAAGCCUCGUUGAUGCUGAUAGAUUCCGCUGCUUCCAUCUGGUGGGGGAGAAGAGAACUUUCUUUGGAUGCCGGCACUACACAACAGGCCUCACCCUGAUGGACAUUCUGGACACAGAUGGGGACAAGUGGUUAGAUGAACUGGAUUCUGGGCUCCAAGGUCAAAAGGCUGAGUUUCAAAUUCUGGAUAAUGUAGACUCAACGGGAGAGUUGAUAGUGAGAUUACCCAAAGAAAUAACAAUUUCAGGCAGUUUCCAGGGCUUCCACCAUCAGAAAAUCAAGAUAUCGGAGAACCGGAUAUCCCAGCAGUAUCUGGCUACCCUUGAAAACAGGAAGCUGAAGAGGGAACUACCCUUUUCAUUCCGAUCAAUUAAUACGAGAGAAAACCUGUAUCUGGUGACAGAAACUCUGGAGACGGUAAAGGAGGAAACCCUGAAAAGCGACCGGCAAUAUAAAUUUUGGAGCCAGAUCUCUCAGGGCCAUCUCAGCUAUAAACACAAGGGCCAAAGGGAAGUGACCAUCCCCCCAAAUCGGGUCCUGAGCUAUCGAGUAAAGCAGCUUGUCUUCCCCAACAAGGAGACGAUGAAUAUUCAUUUCAGGGGCAAAACAAAAUCCUUUCCAGAAGAGAAGGAUGGUGCUUCAUCCUGUUUAGGAAAGUCUUUGGGUUCGGAGGAUUCCAGAAACAUGAAGGAGAAGUUGGAGGACAUGGAGGGUGUCCUCAAGGACCUGACAGAGGAGAAGAGAAAAGAUAUGCUAAACUCCCUCGCUAAGUGCCUCAGCAAGGAGGAGAUUCGGCAGGAUCUAGAGCAAAGAGUAUCUGAGGUCCUGAUUUCCAGGGAGCUACACAUGGAGGACCCAGACAAGCCUCUCCUAAGCAGCCUUUUUAAUGCUGCUGGGGUCUUGGUAGAAGCACGUGCAAAAGCCAUUCUGGACUUCCUGGAUGCCCUGCUAGAGCUGUCUGAAGAGCAGCAGUUUGUGGCUGAGGCCCUGGAGAAGGGGACCCUUCCUCUGUUGAAGGACCAGGUGAAAUCUGUCAUGGAGCAGAACUGGGAUGAGCUGGCCAGCAGUCCUCCUGACAUGGACUAUGACCCUGAGGCACGAAUUCUCUGUGCGCUGUAUGUUGUUGUCUCUAUCCUGCUGGAGCUGGCUGAGGGGCCUACCUCUGUCUCUUCCUAACUACAAAAGCCCUUUCUCCCCACAAGCCCCUGGGUUCUCCCUUCACCAGUCUGUCCUCACUGCCAUCGCCACUACCAUCCUGUCACCAGUGGGACCUCUUUAAAACAAGCAGCCAACCAUUCUUUGAUGUAUCCCAUUCGCUCCAUGUUAACAUCCAAAACCAGCCUGGAUUUCAUACAUGGACUUCUGAUUAAAAGUGGCAGGUUGUGCAUGUUAAUUUUGUUUUUUGAAGCCUCACUAAAUGACAGUAAAGCAAUAGAAAAGCUUUGUAUAAACCUACAAGGAUAAAAAGAAUGCAGCAGCAGAUAAGAAACUUUAACACAUCUUUGGAAGCUAGAAAGCAAUGAAAGGAGUGCAGGCUGGGAGGUGUGGGACUGAGGGGUAGACAGUAGAUUGCUGUUUUUAUCAUCAGCCUUUUAUUUAUUUAUUUAUUUAUUUAUUUAUUUAUUUAUUUAUUUUUGAGACAGAGUUUUGCUCUUGUUGCCUAGGCUGGAGUGCAAUGGCGUGAUCUCAGCUCACUGCAACCUCUGCCUCCUGGGUUCAAGCGAUUCUCCUGCCUCAGUCUCCAGAAUAGCUGGGAUUACAGGUGCCCACAAUGAUGCCCAGCUAAUUUUUGUAUUUUUAGUAGAGAAGGGGUUUCACCCUUGUUGGCCAGGCUGGUCUCGAACUCCUGAGCUCCAGUGAUCCACCCCCCUCGGCCUCCCAAAGUACUGGGAUUACAGCGGUGAGCCACCGCGCCUGGCCAGCUUUUUAGUUCUAUUUGAUAUUUUUAAAGAAACUGUAAUUAAAAGUUAAAGAAAUGUAUGCUUGUUAUAAACCAUUCAAACAUUUCCCAAAUAUAAAUUAGCAGGUGAAGUUACUCUGUGACCUACCCUUUCUUUCUAGAGACCCAGAGAGGUAAGUGAAAUAUCAGAACAUUAAAGUAAUUUUGCCUCAGGUGAGGGGGAUUGAUAUUUGCAAAUCCAGGCAAACUAAGUUUGGGUUUGGCUAGCCUCCUGGACUGAUGGCUCCAGAAGCCAAGGCCAAGGGCCUAUCCAAGUUUGGGAGUCUAGUAAAAGGAAACCUGCCCUACCAUAUUAGACUAAUCUCAAAGGCUACACUGUAAGUGUUAGGGUGAAUCAGCAGUAAACUUACUGUUCUUACUCCACCCCCAGGGGACUGCAGGGAAGACUCUCUUGGUACUAAGUGAGGAAGAGGUUAGCGAAAGGAAAGGAAAAAAAAUUCUGAGAAAACCACAGCCCAGUCUUUUCUCAGAACUUAGCCUGCAUUUGUAUCCUCUUGAGAAUUCCAGAGAAUCUGAAAUUGUGAACUUGGUUUUUGGGGGUCUUGGACUGAAUGUACCCCCAGAUGCCUGUCAGAACCAAACACAAAUUAUCUCUGGAGGAAGUAAUCUUCCACAAAUAUAUAUAUUUGAGACAGAGUCAUGCUCUAUCACGCAGGUUGGAGUGCAGUGGAGCAAUCACAGCUCACUACAGCCUCCACUUCCCAGGCUCAAGCGAUCCUCCCACCUCAGCCUCUUGAGUAGCUGGGACUACAGGUGUGCACCACCAUGCCUGGCUAAUUAAAAAAUUUUUUUUUGUAGAGAUGGCAUCUCCCUGUAUUGCCCAGGCUGGUCUUGAAUUUCUGGGUUCAAGCGAUCCUUCUGCCUUGGCCUCCCAAAGUGUUGGGAUUACAGGUGUGAGUCACUGUGCUUGGCUGGCUAAGGCACAUAUGUUUUCCUUUUGAGAGGUGUGGUAUUGCUCUGUUGCCCAGGCUAGAGUGCAGUGGUGCAAUCAUGGCUCACUGCAGCCUCUACCUCCUGGGCUCAAGUGAUCCUUCCAUUUCAGCCCCCUGAGUAGCUGGGACCGCAGGUACGCACCACCAUGCCCCAUCUAAUUUUUUAUUUUUAUUUUUUGUAGAGAUGGGGUCUCACUAUGUUGCCAGGGCCUCACUAUGUUGCCAGGGCUGGUGUUGAACUCUUAGGCUCAAGUGAUCGUCCCUCCUCAGCCUCCUGAAGUGUUGGAAUUAUAGGAGUGAGCCACUAUGCCGGCCUAAGGCACAUACUGUCAAGUAACUCAAAAGUCAAGGGAGAAAUCCUAAUGGAAGUUAUAAGAUUUUUUUUCUACUUAAUGAUAAUAAAAAUAUACAUAUCAAACUUGUGGAAUUAAGCUAAAGUCUUUUGUUUUUAGAGAAAAUAUAUGUAUCACCUUGUUUGUUUUAGAAAAGAAAAAAAGCUAAAAAAAGUCAAAAAGCUAAGUAUUCAUGUCAAAAAGCUAACAAAGAAAACUCCAAAACAAACCCAACAACAAGCCGCUCCCUUCCCCUCCAAAAAAGCCCAGCAAAAUAAAUCCAGGAAAAAGAGGAGAAAAAGCACACAAAUUGACAAAAUAAGAAACAAAAACGUUAAGAGGAUCAAUAAAGACAGACAUUGGACCUUUAAAAUGACUCACAAAUCUCUGACAAGAGUGAUAUUUAAUUUAAUUUAUUUGUUUGUUUUUGUUUUUGAGAUGGAGUCUCACUCUGUCUCCCAGGCUGGAGUGCAGUGGUGCGAUCUUGGCGCACUGCAACCUUCACUGCCUGGAUUCAAACAAUUCUCUUGCCUCAGCCUCUUGAGUAGCUGGGACUACAGGUGCACACCACCACACCUGUUUAAUUUUUGUAUUUUUUAGUAAAGACAGAGUUUUGCCAUGUUGGCCAGGCUGAUCUUGAACUCCUGACUUCAGGUAAUCCACCCACCUCAGCCUCCCAAAGUGCUGGGAUUAUAGGUGUGAGCCACCGUGCCCAGCUUGACAAGAGUGAUAAAAAGAGAGAGGGAGCAAAUAUCAUCAGUUUUAAGAGUGAAAAGGGAACAGUUCUAAAGAUGUUACAGGCAUUUAAAAGACAGGAGGAUAUUAGAAAUGACUUUAUGCCAAUAAAUUUGAAAUUUUAGGUGAAAUGGGUGUUAUCCUAAAAAAAUAUAAUUUCCCAAAGUUGUCCCAGAAAAAAAUAGAAAACAUGGGCCUGGCGCGGUGGCUCACGCCUGUAAUCCCAGCACUUGGGAGGCCAAGGUGGGCAGAUCACGAGGUCAGGAGAUCGAGUCCAUCCUGGCUGACACAGUGAAACCCCAUCUCUACUAAAAAUACAAAAAAUUAGCCGGGCAUGGUGGCAGGCACCUGUAGUCCCAGCUACUCAGGAGGCUGAGGCAGGAGAACGGCGUGAACCAGGGAAGCGGAGCUUGCAGUGAGCAGAGAUUGUGCCACUGCACUCCAGCCUGAGCGACAGAGCGAGACUCUGUCUCAAAAAACAACAACAGUAAAAAAAAAAACCAGAAAACAUGAAUAAUCCUCUAAGAACAAAGGAUACUCUAUCAAGAACAAAAUAUUGGCCAAGCAUGGUGGCUCACACCUGUAAUCCUAGCACUUUGGGAGACUGAGGUGGGUGGAUCACUUGAGGUCAAGAAUUCGAGACCAAUCUGGGAAACAUGGUGAAGCCCGUGUCUACUAAAAAUACAAAAAUUAGCUGGGCAUGAUGGCGCAUGCCUGUAAUUCCAGCUACUUAGGAGGCUGAGGCAUGAAAAUUGCUUGAAUCUGGGAGACAGAGGUUGCAGUGAGCCGAGAUCACAACACUGCACUCCAGCCUGGGUGACAGAGUGAGACUCUUUCUCAAAAACAAACAAAAUAUUCCCACAAAGAAAAUUCCAAGCCCAGAUGGUUUCUUCAGUUAUACAAUUAAGCAUUUAAGAAUAAGUAACUCUAAUUUCACACAAACUUUUUCAGGGACACUUUCCAAUUCAUCCACAACACUAGCAAAACUUAACAAGAACAAUAAGAGAAAGGAAAAUGCAGACCAGUCUCAUUCGUGAGCUUAGAUGAAAAAACAGAAAAACAAAUCAGCAAACCAAAUCACCGUAGAAAAAGAAUAAUAUAAACUGGAUUUAUCUGGGAUUUCAAGGCUGGCUUAACAUUGAAAAAUUAAUGUAAUUUACCACACUAGCAAUUUAAGAAGAAAAAUGAUGGGAUCAUUUCAAUAAAGACAAAAAUGCAUCUGAUAAAAUUCAAUAUCCAUUCAUGAUUAAAAUUCCAAGAAAACUAGGAAUAGGGCCAGGUGUGGUGGCUCACACCUGUAAUCCCAGCACUUUGGGAGGCCGAGGUGGGCACAUCACUUGACAUCAGGGGUUCAAGACCAGCCUGGCCAACAUGGUGAAACCCCAUCUCUACAAAAAUACAAAAAUUAGCCAGGCUUGGUAGCGGGUUCCUGUAACCCCAGCUACUUGGGAGGCUGAGGUGGGAGAGUCGUUUGAACUCGGGAGGUGUAGGUUGCAAUGAACCAAGAUCACGCCAUUGCACUCCAGCCUGGGGGACAGAGCCAGACUCCGUCUCAAAAAAAAAAAAAAAAAAAGAAAAGAAAA